AUGAAGACGAAAUUUCAAGGACAGUACUCAUUGAGCUUCUGGCAUAUCAAUUUUGCUUUCCCGUCCAAUGGAUCAGAACCCAGGAUCUCAUUCUCGGCUCGCGAGCGUCAGUUCUUGAGCUUUCAGCAGAACCUCGACGCCAUCUCAUAUGACCAACAUGUCACGACACCCGACAUCGUCCCCGAGCAACCCAAAAACAUCGUCAUCCCGACCAUAGAACAUAUAGAUACGCCCAUUACCACCACUGCAAGUGCCCCACAGGUCGUACAUGUCCCGAUCGAGCCGAUUCAAGAUACACCUGUUACUUCCGUUGAGAUCAUCUCCACAAUUGUAGCAGCCUCCUUGAAAAAGCCCAUGGAUUCUGUGGAAAUGACAAUGUCUAUCAAAGCACUGGCCGGCGGACGCUCUACACUCCAGAAUGAAAUCAUCGGAGAUCUUGCCACCGAGUUUGACGCGAUCCCUGAUGGCGCUGAGGACAUGCCACUCGACAGACUAUGUGCAGCAGUGCAAAGCAAUUUUGCAGGAACCUUGGGAAAGAAGUCCACAUCAAUGGUGGAGAGGCUGGUCGGCCAGAAAUUGCCCAGUGCUUUCCAAACUGCAACCGUCCGCAAGCACCUGAAGGAGAGAUGGGGUUUCGGGCCAGGACGCCAAGACAGCGUUCUGCUCUGGAGCGUAACAUCUCAGCCUGGAUUCCGACUCAAGGACGAUGGCGAGGCCAAAGUGUUCUUGGACGGUAUCUGUCAUUUGUACGCAAAGAAGAAUGGUCUUAGCCUCCCAGACACCAACUCGCUUUCAGUCACAGUCUCAGUUGCAGAGACAAAGGUCAGCUCUGAGACCAUGAUACUCCUGGAGAACAAGCAAAAGUCCGCAUGGUUGGAGCAGCUGCGCCUCUACUCGAAUCUGCUUGGGCUUGAUAUGCAUGCAUCUGAAGCCACUAUUGAUACACUCCAGCAACGGGUAUCUGACUUGCAAAAAGAGCUGGAUGCCUGGACUGAUGAGCAUGGCGAGCUUUAUGCGUCUGGUAUCCAGCCAAUGUUCGCGCCCCUGAAAGUCCGCACAUACAGCUCAUGGUGGAACUGGGUGAUGCAGGAUCUAUUGUACUAUGUAGCUCUGGCAGCGACUUCGGAAGCAAGCGAUACCGAGCUAGACCACUUGAAAGCUUUAAUCGUGAACCGGUCGAAUACUCGUAUCGUAUCCACGAUCGACUAUCUGGUCUCUACCACAAGCAAGGAGCGCCUUGCUUCUAGACUGUCGACCCUGUUGGCUGAAUGCCAAAGCGCGGUGGGACUGCCUUCCACCGUUCGCCGUCUUGGUCCCUCCGUGGCCCCAUUCACAAGGAUCUUGAAUGAUGGCAAGAUUGUGGUAUCUGAAAAGCCUAGGCUCGGCAACUAUCAGGGUGACAAUUGCCUGCCAAGACUGGGUCGGAGGAGUCUUUCUAGCUGGCAGUAUGAUGAGCAGCUUUCUUCAGUGCUCCAUGAGAUACUUCAAGUUCAAGGCUCCACUGGUUUGUCCUUUGCCGAAAAAACGGUACUCGUCACCGGGGCCGGCGAAGGCUCAAUCGGCUGUCACAUCGUUGCCCAGCUUCUCAAUGCUGGGGGAGUUGUUCUCGUCACUAGCAGCUCCUAUUCGCUAAAGACCACACGCUUUUAUCAAAAGCUUUAUGCUGACAAUUGCGGGAAGGGAUCACGACUGGUUUUGCUUCCCUUCAAUCAAGCUAGCAUCCGCGACGUCGACACUCUUGUGGACUUCAUAUACAGCAAGGACGGACUGGCCAUGGACCUAGACUACGUUGUACCGUUCGCUGCAAUCUCGGAGAAUGGACGGUCAAUUAGCAAUAUCGACGGCAGAUCUGAGCUGGGCCACCGCAUCAUGCUCACCAACACAUUACGUCUUCUUGGAAAUGUGAAGCAGCACAAGAUGACUCGUGGAACGGUGACCAGGCCGGCCCAGGUCAUUCUUCCUCUUUCACCUAACCACGGCUCUUUUGGAAGUGAUGGUCUCUACGCGGAGUCUAAGUUAGGCCUGGAAGCUCUUUUUGAAAAGUUCCACUCUGAAGAUUGGGCAGACUACUUGCUCGUUUGCGGUGCAAUCAUUGGCUGGACUCGCGGUACUUCACUAAUGUCGGACAAUGAUAUGGUCGCAGAAGGCAUCGAGAAGCUUGGUGUGCGGACCUACUCUCAAGCGGAGAUGGCAUUCAAUAUCGUAUGUCUGCUGAGUGAAGAGGUCAAAUUGCUGUGCAUUGACAGUCCGCUGGUCGCCGACCUGAGUGGAGGUAUGGGAGAGCUCGUGGAUCUCCAGCGUGCUACUGCAGACAUUCGGGCUGUAAUUUCCGAGAAGAGUGAGGAGGCUCGUGCUCUAGCGCUCGAGAAUAUCUUGGAAACAUCGGCUACUAAUAUUGGACGCCAUCGCCAAUUGUCGGCAAACAUACGGUUCGCCUUCCCAGAGCUGCCGGAGUGGGAUUCUGAUAUCUCCCCCCUUAACGACCAGCUAAAGGACAUGGUGGAUCUCGACCGAGUCGUGGUCGUUGUUGGCUACUCCGAGGUGGGUCCAUGUGGCAACUCUCGUACAAGAUGGGAAAUGGAAUUGCACGGUCCGCUCCUUUCAACUGAGUGUUGCAUAGAGUUUGCAUGGAUGAUGGGUCUCAUCAAGGGCUACGAUGGUGUAGUAGACGGUCGCCCAUUCUCAGGAUGGGUAGAAAAGGACACAGGCAAGCCAAUCCAAGACCACGAGAUCCCCGUCAAGUUCGGCAAAUUCAUCCAAGAGCACAUUGGCAUCCGCUUCGCCGAAGAAAAACGAGGCGCUUCAGGCUGGAAGGGACGCGAAAUUCUUCAUGAAAUUGAGGUAUCGAAAGACUAUGACCCGAUUGAAGUCACCAAGGACGUCGCAGCGCAGCUCAAGCAAGCACACGGAGAGAGGUGGAAUGCCAGGACGUACGGAAUCCCUCAAGAUGUGAUCGACCAAGUCGACCCAGUCACGCUAUAUGCUCUUGUUGCUACUGCCGAUUCUUUCCAGUCAGCCGGCAUCCUUGAUCCCUUUGAGCUCUACAAAGAUCUCCAUGUAAGUGAAGUAGCUACAUGUGUCGGCUCAGGCUUCGGUGGCGUAACGAGUAUGCGCGAGAUCUUCUAUGAACGCUUCAUCGAUCUGGACCCUGCAAAGGAUGCUCUUGCGGAGUGCUUCAUCAAUUCAACCAGUGCCUGGAUAAACAUGCUACUCUUAUCUGCAGCCGGUCCUAAUCGAACACCCGUCGGCGCAUGUGCUACUGCGCUCGAGUCAAUCGACACAGCCUGUGAUCUUAUUCAGACUGGAAAAGCAAAGUUCUGUGUCGUUGGUGGCUGUGAUGAUUUUCUCAAGGAGACAUCAAUCGAGUUUGCUAACAUGAAAGCUACUGUCGAUCCUGGCCAAGAUGCUAUGAACGGCCGCGAUCCCGCAGAAAUGAGCCGCCCGACUACUUCGACCCGUAAGGGCUUUGUGGAGUCCGAGGGCGCGGGGAUUCAACUGGUCACGACUGCCACUAUCGCGCUGAAAAUGGGCCUUCCUAUCCAUUGUAUUGUCGCCUUGUCAUCCACUACAAUGGAUAAAGCUGGUCGUUCCCUACCUGCCCCUGGACGUGGAAUCCUGGGAGCAGCAAGACAAAGCAAUACCAAGCUAGAUUCCCCAUUGAUCAGCAUGAAAUACCGCAGGAGAGCUCUGGAUGCACGAAUGCAACAGGUCGAGGAUAUGCGUGGGCUUCAGCUGUCUUACUUGGAUGAGGAAGUUGCCCAGCUCAUGGAAGAAUCAACCAUCGAUUUCUCCAUUGAUCACUACUAUCUGCAACGCGUCAAGGACAUCGAAAACGACGCUGUCCGAGACCAGAAAGAGGCUCUCGACUUGUACGGGAACCAGUUUUGGAAACAUGACCAACGUAUCGCACCUAUACGGGGUGGACUUGCUGUCUGGGGCUUAACCAUCGAUGACAUUGGCGUGGUAUCAUUUCACGGCACCUCGACAAAAGCUAACGAGUCAAACGAAGCAGCUGUUAUCAGUGAGCAAUUGAAGCACCUGGGUCGAAAGACUGGAAACGUUGUUCCUGUCAUUUGCCAAAAAGCCCUUACUGGCCACCCUAAGGCAGCUGCGGGAGCCUGGAUGAUAAAUGGAUGCAUCCAAGCCAUGCAUGACAAGAAGAUACCUGGGAAUCGGAAUGCAGACAACAUUGAUUCGGAGUUCCAGAAAUAUGAGUAUCUCGUGUUCCCCAACAAGACUCUGGAGAGGGGUGAAGAUAUCAAGGCCUUCCUACUUAAUUCCUUUGGUUUUGGACAAAAAGGAGCAAUUGCAGUUGGUGUCAAUCCAAAGUACCUGUUUGCUGCUCUGAACCAGGGUGACUAUGAGAUAUACACGGAAAGACGAAGGACUCGAGAGAAGAAAGCUAUUCGGCGAUUUCAUGAGGCUAUGCAAUGCAACACCGUCUUUCGGGCAAAGAAAAGCGCCCCUUAUGCUAAGGAAGAUGAGACUGCAGUUCUGCUGGAUCCGGGAUCUAGAUUUGGGGUAUAA